AUGUUUGCGUCGCUCCCUGCUGCGCAAAAGAAGCGGCAGCGACCCUCGGACGGCGGCAGGGGCGCCACCUCGGGCUUCAUCUCGGCGUCCCUGGCCAGUCCAGCCGCCCACGCCGCCUCGUCGUCUCAGAACAGCGUGCCACGGGCCUCGACCAGCGCGGCCAGCUGGGGCGUCGCCCAGCUCUCCGACUCCGAGGGUGAUGCCGACCUCGACGAGCCCGCUUUUGCUCAGCCCGCCUACCCGCACACCGCUCUCUCCUCUGCCGUGCCGGCUGUCGAGCCUCCGCCCUCCAAGAGGCCGCACCUGGACGAGCAGACGUCGGGCCGCUUUGCAAGCAUGCGGCUCGAUACGCACGGCCUCCAUCGUGGGCCCCGACCGUCUCCUGGCGCUCCACCCGCCGCCGCCGCCGCUGCGGACCAUCACCACCCACAUCGACACCAACACCAUUCCACACUGUCGAGGAGGCGCGGCGUAGGCGGCAUAUUUGGCCAGGCCAACCUUCCUCGCGGUCUGUCGUUUGACCCGAUAUCCUCCACGGACGGCGUCCAUCCCCCGGCAUACCUGGCAGCUCCUCCAUCUAGCCCUAUCAAGGCAUCUGCCCAGCUUGCGCCCUUGCCAGACGCCAUAGUGACGGCGCCGCCGACCUCGCCAGAACCCCUACAACGGAACCAGCACCAUGCCGCCGCACCACCCGUCUCGCCCGUCCACUCGCUGCCGCCGCCGGCAAAGGAGCGCGAUGCAUGGCUGCCCCCGCUGACAGUCGAGACCCGCGACGGUGACAUCGAGGACAUGGACAUGCGGAUACGCCGGGAUCCGACGUCGUACGAGAUCGAGCCGGACCGCAUCGUCGUCAACUCGCUCGACGACACGUCGUCUUCCGAGGGCGAGGACGGCGCGGACGACGACGACGACGACGACGACGACGACGACCGCACACGCGCAGAGCACGCGCUCCUCGGCGGCGGCGUGGCUGACGAAGGCCAGGGCCAGGAGGGAGGCGCGGCGGGCGGCUUUGUCGUCAACAAGGAGCUCAUGGACAAGCUCGAGGCGCACCGGAGAGCGGUGCUGACGGGCACCUCGGACCGCGACAACGAGCAGUCGGCGCGCGACGCAAAGUCGGCAUCGUCGCUCGGCGGCGGCGGCGGCCGCACCCGGCGUGGCGGCCGGAGAGCGGGAGGCAGCCUGUUUGGCGGCCUGGGCUCGCUGCUGAGCUCGCGCCGGAGGUCGGCGCAGUCGUCGCAGGCGUCGUCGCCGGGCUACGCCACGCCCAUCACCAACGAGGAGGCCAACGGCGCCCUCGUGCUGUGGAAGGAUCCCGAAGAGGUGCUCCGGGUCGCCGCAGCCUCGGCGUCGGCUGGUUGUGACGGCAGCGAGACGGCGCGCGCGAACGCUGGCUUUCCCGGCAAUGCGAGCGUGGCCCCCGUGCCGUCGUUGUCGUCAUCCUCCGUGCCACAGACGAACGGCCGUGGCGGCGGCGGCGGCGGCUUCUGGUCAGUCCCUGGCGCGACGGCGACCGCCACGGCACCACAGCAGAACCACGGCGGGGGGAUGUCGUUUUCGUUUGGCGAGGCGAGCAGCCCGCUCGCGGCGCAGCAAUCCUCGCUCUCGUCGUCGUACUUUGGACAACCCCGCGACGGCUGGCAGCAUCUGCACUCGUCGACGGCCGAGCAGCAGCAGCAGCAGCAGCAGCAGCAUCGCCCAUCAAUGUUCCCGCCCAUGGGGCAACAAGCGCCACCGCCACCACCACCGCUGCCGCAGCCGCCGUUCGGGCUGAGCGAGGGGCGCUGGCCCGCCUCCCGGGAUGCGGCGCACGAUGCGGAUCCGUCGAGCCACUUUGGAAUGGCCGACGAGAUGGAGCUCGACAGCUAG